AUGCUAGGAGACUUCAACCUCAACCACCCGGUGUGGGGCGGUAAAAAAGAACAUAAGCACGAAGAAGAAGCGGAGGAGCUGCUGGACAUUAUGCAGAACACAGGUAUGACGAACAUGCUCCGCUCAGGAACGAUCACGUACGAAGAGGGAGAAAAGAGGUCGACGAUCGAGCUCUGCUGGAUGUCCGCAGGAUUAACAGAUCGGCUCAUCCGGUGCGAGGCAGACAGAGACAUGGAACACGACUCUGAUCACCUAUCGAUCAGCAUAUUCAUGGACCUGAGAGUCCAACAUGGGGAGAGGAAAGCCGUGAGGUAA